GAAGUCUUAAACUGAAUGCAGUAGCGUUUGCGCCGCUUGUAAUGACCCAGCGGAAGGUCGUGGUAGGAAAACGAUAUGACCGUGAGACUUGAGGGAGCUAAACUAAGUUGUAUUGUGAUAUCUUUUUAAAGAUCUUUGCAAUAAUAUUUUGUUGUAUUUUGUUUUAUUUUUCCAUUUUAUUCUUACUUCUGCUCACAGCCACACCUCUCAAGCGCGGUAUUAAAGAAAUAAUGUGUAAAUGCCAACAUUUAUUAAAAGGCCAUUCUAACGCUGACUUGGCGUGAGGGAUUCCUCCACUGUUACUGGAAGAAAAUUGCACUGUAAGUGAGGCAAAGUGCUUUAUGCUUUCCAUUUGCGUGUCCCCAAAUGGCCGUUAACUGCUAAUCUGUACCACCGAAAGGCAGGAGUACGAGGUUUAAAAGAGACAGUGAAGGCAGCAUAUCAACGACUCUUCCGUUUAUCUGCUCAACACGCAGCUCCAAAACAUGACCGCUGCUGUUGCUGUCCGGAGGUUAGCUGCCCUGUCCGGGGCUUCGGCCGUGGCAGCUGGAGCAUACGGGGCCCACGGUAUGGAUUGUGCACUAGACUUCCUCUGUACUCACGCACGAGUUUGUUUGUUUGUUUGUUUGAAUGGAUAGCAAAACCCAGUCACGUGAAUGUUUGCCGCACCAGUCAUCGCUUCCAAAAUUCCUAGAAUAAGAUCAGUCGGCUUGUCGUCAGGGCUGUAAAUGUCUUACAGCAUAACAAACACAUGUGAACGUGUUAAAUAGACUGAAGAAUAAUUCGGCUUGUAAAUGAAACACGCAAAAGCUUGAUAUUGUAGUUACCAAGACAAUUGUGUAAUAAAGGUGACCCGCCUCCAGAGUGUCAUGGUGGAAGGCAGCUAAUUGUUUCAAUGGCACAGUGCUGUCAGAAAAGUGAUUGCUUUUUGCGCCUUCUUGUAACUUUAGUGACACUCCGAAGACAGGCGCUGUUCAAAAUGCUUGCAUACGGUCAACCAGUGUCUAAUGCACAAAUUUGAAGGAAUUCCUGUUGAAUGCCAGUAGAGUUUGAGUGGUAUGUGCUCAGGUUAUACAUGCACACCUGCUGUCUUUUAAUGCUCUUUAUCUUUAUCUCUGUUCCAGGUUUCAAAAAUAGCGACCCUGAUGACUACCAGAGAGUGGUAUGUAAAUGUAAAAAAAGACAGAAAAAUAGAUAUGGAUGCACAUCUACUGAGUGUUUCAUAUUCAUUUCAUUAUGUAUGCAGUGUUUUUAAAUUCACAUCAGUUCCCUUUAAUAACUGUCCUGAGAAAUUUGUUCACUUCUUUCUCUCUCAUUUUCUUGAAAACUAAUAAUUUUUCGUUAUUCCUGAUCUCUUAAUGGCCUUAUUUUUACAUAAACUGGGUCUGAGUGACUAGUGGGUACAAAGAGUUGAAAAUUGGUUGGAUAAAUUGCCUGAGGCAGCAGCUAAAAAAUAGGCUGUAAUGGCCUCAAAGUAUUCCCAAUUGUAGGGACAGCUAGAUCAAAGUGUGUUCACGUCUUAUUCCCCCUGACAGACACAUUUUUUUAAGGUACACAACAGUUUCCCAUAGAUAAGACCAUAUUGUUGAUUAAAGAUCUUUUUUUUAAAUAUGAAGCACUAGAAUAAUACCAUAUUUUCUCUGUGCUGAAAAUACCUGUUUAUCACAGCUGUGCAAGGUGAGUUAGUUUUAAGAAAUUUUAUUCUUGAUGUUGUUCAAGAAUAAAUAGCUUUUCCAGAUCAGUGAUAACACAAUGAACAAAACAUUUGUGUGAAUCAUAUUGAGGAAAUGUACCUUGCAGCAGAGCAGCUACCUUGGUGUUCUCCAUUUUCAUGUGUUUUGUCAGUGGAGUGUGGAACAUUAAGAUGAAAACUUGAAGAUAGUCCUGAACAUAAUCAUAAUAGAAUCAUACCAAUCACCAGUAAAAUAAAUUAAUAAACCUUCUAUUUUGUCUCUACUGCUGGUGUCUUUCUGCCUGAGUGUGUUUUCAUGUGACAUCUGUCUCCUCUAAGGUCCCUCCCACAGCUCUGUCAUAUUGGGUAGAAACCACACAGAAGUGAAUUAGCUCUGAAGGCUGGGAGCUACUGACAUACACACUGACAUAAGUGCAUGUCAGCUCAAAAUAAUGGUAGUCAUGAAGUACUAAAAAUCAAUAUUGUCAGUCAGCCCUUGACUAUAAGUAAUGAAACACUGACCUUGCACAUAAGCGCUCGAGUAAAAGGAGCAGUUUGCAGGUAUUAAAGCCUUUUUUGGGACUCCUGAAGCUGUUCGAAAAGUAAACAUCAUUAAAGUAAUUUUUAGUCCAAUCAGAAGAAAGGCUUAUGUCUAAAAAUACUGGUAUAAACCUUCAUUAAUGAAUGUAUUUUGUCUAAACUUUCUCUCUUGUGAUUAAAAAGUUUCACCUGAAUGAUAAAGAUUGUGUUGUAGUUGUAUUGAAGUGACACCCCCCCCCUUCCCUCCUAAACUCCAGCACUUUUAAGUUGACCUACUGUUCAUUCAUACUGUACUGAACUAAACCAUGUCAAGAUUUUCCAGUAACUAAUUAUUCACUGAUAGCAAAAUGACUCCCAAGAUCUGAUAUUUUUCUCUAUCUCUAUAUCUGCCUCGACAGCUAUUUGAAACUGCCAACAAGUACCAUUUCUACCACAGCUUGGCCCUGCUGGGUGCUGCCCACUCCAGUAAGCCUGCAGUGGUGAGUAUUGAAGCUUAAUACCCACACUCAGGGCUGGAUGCACUUCAGGUGGCUUUAAAAACAAUCCAACUGGAAAUGGGCCAGUAAAAUGGCUCAACAAAUAUAUUUUUAUUUUUGUGUGUGUCCUGAUUUGAUAAAAUUAUUGCUUCCAGAAUUUCCAACACAGCAUGAAGACUUUAGUCCCUUGUAGCUGAAAGGCCCUUUCAAGAUUAAUCGACCACUACAAAUUUGAUUUUAAACAAACAUGCAUUAUUAAAAGCAUGUCUGAUUAGAGUGUAAUUACUGUAGGUAAGUGUGAUGGAUGAGAACGUCCUUUAUGCCACAUCAAGCAGGAGGAUUUCAAAGAGACAAGAGACUAAUCAAACUACUUCACCUCUCUCACCACAAUCAUCUGCAGCUUUUUAACAAUGUUAUAAUAACUGGUGGUGGACAGUGAUGAAUUCAGAUUUUUUUGCUAAGUGUGUUGUCAUCUGCAUAGUUGGCAUGAAAAUUGUGUCCAAAUACACAAAUAGUUGAAUUUAUCCUCACUAAUUAUUACAUUGAAGUACUUCAAUAUGAGACAGGUGUUAAAGUCGGGUAAAUGACACUAACAGAUUUUCUGAUUUAAAGUGGAGCCUCAUCCUCAGAGACAAAGAUAGUGUUAGGUUAACUACAGGCUAAGCGUGUGAUAAUAUUAAUGGGUUGGAGAUGUUAAUGUGGUCUUAAUGUGUGUCACAUGCUCUUUUAUAUUUACAUGUACAGCGUUUUAUAACAUAAUCUAACGCAAAAGUGAGGUAACAUUAAAUCUUUUGAAUUUAAUUCUUUAAGAAGUCGGAAAAAGACGACACUUGAGUAUUAAGUGAGGAAAGUAAUGAAUGAAAAUUACUCACAACUUUUUUUUUAAGUCUAUAAGGUAUUGUGCUGCUCCAUCUUUGUCUUGCCAUUCCUCUGUUUUCAAGUCUUACAUAAAUAUUGAGAUGAUAUUUUAUGGAUAUGAUAAUUAUAAGGUCAAAAUCUGACAGCCUUUUCUUCACCUAGAGGAGAAUUAGAACCAGCUGAUGCUUCAUUAUCAAGUCCAUGAAGAAGACGUGCAUUUUGAAAAGCGUUUUAAAAAUAUCUUCUUCCAGACUGAACUGGAACUUGAGCUUGUAUUUUUCUUUAACUUAAGUUGGUUAUAACUAAAUCAAAGCAAAGGUGUUUGCUGAAGGUUGAUCCUGUAAACCAGACUGUAGCCUGUAUCGUCACCCUAUUAAAAUAAUGGCCCAAGUCAUUUUUUUAACAAAAGUAAGAUUUUGGCCUAAAUCAUCUUGACAUGAUUUAGAGGGGAUUUAGGCCCAAAACACAUGUUCGUCUUAUCUCAAAAUCAAACUUGACUUUCACAUUUCUGUUAAUGCUGUAAGCUUGCAAGCUUGGUCAUGUUAUAAUGUAGGCCUACAACCUUAGCUAGCUACAUCAAGUACACAUGGGAUUUUCAGCCUUGUCAUAGUGAUUGUCACACCCCUUAGUACACCCCUUUCUAAUAGAAAUGUAUCAGAAUUUUUUUUUUAAGGUAAACUGAAUGCUGAUCCAACAAAGUAACAUUACCAUCCCUGUAGCCUCAUGCAUUUUAAAGUUUCAAAAUAAAACAGAAAGACAAACUAAACCAGCCACACAAGAGCAGGGAACAAAAAUAAAACACAGGAAAAACUGAAAAACUGAUCUGGCUGCAUUCCAGUGGUACUCGGAAGUUGAAAUUUCCAAGCUCCGAGUCGGAAAUUCAUCUGGAAUGGUCCCUGAAGUUGGAUUUCCAACUCAGGAAGAUCCUCACCAACCCCGACUUGACGACAACGUCAUAAUCCAAGAUGGCAGUGCAGUGCAUCAACAGUAAAGAGAAUCAGUGAAAGCUCUUGUAAUGUAUUAUUUAUUAGCACUUCUGUUUUGCUGUUGUGAAAUUAAAUAAGUGGUAUGUGUUGUACUGCCCAACGAACAUGGUGAACACUCCAUUUUAGAGCUUUACGCCUUUAUUUGCAUGUAUUUAGUCCAUAUUUCUGCACAGGUCAUGCACGCUUGCAGAUACGGACCAAAAAUUUCAGCGCACAGACGUACUGUAGAGCCAGUUCAAACCGAGGAUGCAAAGAAAACACGAGAAACACAUUCCUUGGAGACAGUGUUUCAGUGAGCUUUGGGCCUCAGUGUUAGAAAACAGAAACAUUAAUUACUUUAUAUAUAUAUAUAUUUUUUUUCAAACUGUAAGUACAAGGUUGUCCUUGGACCAACAGGAAUAAACACAGAAGAUCCUGUACUCUGUCAGACACAUAAAUGUGGUAGAUGUAAAUUUGGUACAAUAAGAAAUGUGUCAUGUGACUCCUCUUUACAGGCUGGAGCUCUCCUGAUAGCAGGCAUGGGGAUGUUCUGUGGUUCUCUGUACCAUCAGGCCCUCACCGGGGACCCUGGUCUACGCAAGGUGGCUCCCAUGGGUGGCAUGGCUAUGAUCGCUGGCUGGCUUGCCAUUAUUCUCUGAACUGUGAUAGAUCACACUCCUCCACGGCGCCGCAGAGUGACACUGAACUGUCACACUGACGAUGGAUGAACUUGGGAGCCUGUGAGAGUUGUCUGAGAAGUUAAAAACACUGACUUAUGACGCCUAUGUAACUGCUCCCUGUCCCGGGUUGUGAGUGUUGGCAGGAGAUAAGGUCACAUCAGAACUAUCACUUUAGUACCACUGCUGUCUGCCUAUGACUGGUGCCCCUUUAACCACUUGUGAAAAGUUACAUUGGCUGAACAAUAAAAACAGUGACUUAUGCAUGCACAAUUUUUAAUCUCACAUUUUCAUGGCCUACCAAUUUGGUACAAGGAAGUAAAACAAUUCCAGUUAAAAAAAAAAAAAAAAACGAAACAAGAAUACAAUGUUAAACUUACUGUAAAUAUUGUUAAAUUACAUAGAUACAACAAAAUUAUGGCAUAGUGAGACAAAAAAUGAAAUAAAUGCUUUUUAUUAAAUGUCAAGUUAUGUUUUAUGUCUUUUGAAGUGAUUUGCAAAACUAAUGUGUUUUAGUAGGAAGUGGGAGAAUUUUGACAGGAUUUUGAGAAGAAAUAUAAGGUUUGCACUAAUUUUUAAUAUUAGGAUAUUUACAUUUCUUUAGAAGUGUUGUUGUUCCAACAUACAGCUAUCACUUUUAACAUUAUGACAAUUUGCCCAAUAAAAUGAAAGUCUGACAGGGGCCAGUCCAAGCCUACAGUAUAUAUGGCCUGAAGCAGUUUUCAGCUGGGGCCCUCUCUGCCUCAACAACAUCAAUCAAUCAAUCACACUCACUGCUGUUAACCAGUUCUUGAUCAUUCGCACACCUACUGUAAAUCUAACACACUCAUUAGCACACUCAGUAAUGGUUGACAGUGUCAAGUGAAUCCCUGUUUAUAGUUUAAGAGUGAAACAUUAUACAAAAAUUAAAUAGCUGCUCAUGGUAAACACUUGUUAUGGUAAGAAUGACUGGAUUUAACUCGUCAGCCCCUAACACUACCAACCAGUCAACAAAUUAAGGGGACACUGUCAUCAGCAGCCUGAUGAAGACAACCACUGACAGCAGCAUAUUCCCUACGGCUGAUCCCAAAGCAGUUUGCAUGCACUGUUGUGUACAGCACAUGAAUGUGAUACCUUGAGGGGCUAUGGGAGUAGGUUGAACCAGCUCUUUGGGGACCCUUUGCAGCUAUGGAGCCCAAAGUAGCUGCUUACUUCACUUCAUGCCUCAAGCUGACUCUGCUCUCUCACAUCAGGUCAGGGCCAAAACAGUCCUGACCUGAUAAGACAUAGCAGCGCCAGACUUUUAGAGGUGUGCUGUGGUAUCUGACACCAAGAUACCAGCCGUGAUCCACUAAGUCCUGUAAGUUUUGAGGUGGGGCUGUAAUUGAUUGGACUUGUUUGUCCAGCACAUCACGCAGGUGCCCAAUUGGAUUGAAAUCUGGAGAAUUUGGGGACUAAGUCAGGAAAGACAUGUCUGCCCUAACCACUUGUCCUGUAGUCUGCUUUUUUUUUUUUUUGCCCAUUGCAGCUGCUUUUGGUGGCGUCUAGGGUCACAAGGGGCACCCUGACACCCUUGUUCACGACAAAGUGUAAGGCACUGUGUGUUCAGACACCUGUCCAUCAGAGCCGGCAUAGACUUUUUCAGCGGUUAGAGAUCUGCCAUUGGAGAAUGGGCCAGCUUUUGCUCCUUAAUGGGAUAUUCCAGCGUAAAAUUAAGUUAGGGUCAAACACACUGUAACACUGAGUUAGACACCCUAUCGAGAGAUGAACGUUGCUGACCGCUUGCUUCUCUAGUUAUACCAACUUUGGUAACUAUCGCAGAUAGAAAUACAGAGAGCCACACGCUCAACCAAAAAGCCACUCUAUAGCCACAAAUAAUGCUCAGAACAGCACCUAACUUUAACAACAGUCAUAAUAGGGUCCCAGCCAUAGCACUAGCCACCAAACAUCUUUUAAAGCUUGGCCUGAUUUCUUUAGCAAAGAGACUAAACACAUUUGAUCAUUUCCUCAUGGAAAUGCAAUCAGACUGAGAUGCAAAGGCAGAAGAACUACCACGUUUGAAGUGCAAAAUGAUUAAUAUGAUGAUUAUUACCUUAAGGAAAUGAUAAAGAAAAGAUCAUAAAUGUUCUUUGAGCCGAGUCCCCCGGCUGCCAUCAAUGGACUCGCCCGAGGUCUCGCUACAAACAAGCGGCUGCUGGAAGAGACAGGGUGAGCUGUGUUUAGUCUCUUUGCUUAAGAAACUAGGCAAAGUUAAAAAUAUACUAUUGAUACUAACCACUGGAGACCAGGGACUCUCCAUACAAUCUGUAUUGGAGGUGCUUCCAUUCAGUUGUCUAGCCAUCACAGUUUGGCCCAAAUCCUUUUGUUAGUCAAUUUUCUGCUUCCAACACAACAACUCUCUACCUAAUGGAUUCCACCAAUACGUGCCACCUUACAAUGGUAAUCAAUGUUCUACAGCUAACCUAUCAGUGGUUAUAAUGUCAUGGCUGAUUGGUGUCAUACUUUCAUACCAUUUCAUGCAACCCAGCAUGCACUUUUACUGCAAACGCAACAACAAUCAUUUAAGCACAGCAAGAUAGGUGACUGCCAUUAAACCAUGAAGAUGCCCUGCAGAAGAGAACGUAUAAGCAAAAGGGUUAAAUAGCAAUAUUCAAAUAAAGCAGUUUGUCCAAGUUUUAUACUCUGUAUGGGACAUUUGCAUUGGUACAGUGUGUACAUGAAGUAUACACAAUUUGGAACAGAAAAAUCAUACGUCUGACAGCACUAUGUGUUACACCCACAAUUCAGCAUGGAGGUGGUAGUUCCAUGGUAUGGGGAUGUUUUGCAGGUGAUGGAGUAGGAGAUUUGUUUGAAGUAAAGGGUAUCAUGAAGAAGGAACAGUACCACUCCAUCCUCCAGCACCAUGCUGUCCCAUCUGGACUCAGACUUGUGGCUCAUAAGUUUGUUUUGCAUCAAGACAAUGACCCUAAGCACUCUGCCAACCUCUGUCAGGGUUACCUAGACAAGUAAGAAGAGGAAGGUGUUCUUCAAAAGAUGGUUUUGCCCCCUCAGUCUGCAGACCUUUCUCCAAUUGAGCUUGUGUGGGAUAAUUUGGUUCGAUUGGUCAGAAAAACGCAUCCUAUGAAUCAGCAGUCUCUUUUUAACGAACUUAAGAAAGCUUGGAAUGCAAUCCCUGGAACAUACCUUAAAAAACUUGUGGAACGAAUGCCUGGUAUAUGCCAAGCUGUUGUUAAAGCCAGAGGAGGUUACUUUAAAGAAUAAUAACUCAAUAACUCAAAUAAUAAUUAUAGUCAAAAUGUCUUCUGAUAAGUUACUCUUUAUACAAUAGUCAUGUUUAUUGUGUUGCAAAUUGUAUAUAUGAAACUGUGAUCUUUUUUUGUACAAAUCUGAUCUUGCUUCCAAAAUUUUGGCCUGUAGUGUAUGUGAAUAGAGGAGUGAUUUAACUAUCAGUUUGUACAUAUUUGGGUACCAACACCCCAUGGUUUGAGAUGCAGCUGUUGUAACACCAAAAUGCAAAUGACUGACACCAGUGUCCAUUUGCCUGUGCUCCACAGUGUGUAGUUUUCAGAAAAAGGUGAAUAAGCCCAUAGGAUUCACCACCUUAGCCAGCUGAAGGAAAUCGUCUCUCUUGCAGCACUGAAUGUCUUCAUAGCCUCAAGCAUUUGAUCUUCUAAGUGGCCGAAUACAAAGGAGUUCAUUACCCAUGGCCUCCCCUUAGCCAAGGCCAUGUUCAAACCACUCCGUUUUCAAAUUGAAAGUGAAAUCCAUUGAAACACUAAUUCGCCUUCCUGACUGUAGGCCCACGAAUGGAGACCUUUAGAAAAUAGCGGUAUAAAUCUCUGGGUCAAUUUGCAAGGGUCGGCACAUAAGCCGAGGCUCUGCCCAGAAGAGAAGGCUCCAUUGACUGAACAUGAUGCCAAUAAGCUCUUGAUCACGACUCAUAAAACCCUCAUUUAAAUUUAGCAGCUAUUUGGGAGCAUUCUGCUGUUUCAGUACCAACCAAUCACUCAGCACAGGAAGCCCUGACACCCACAACACCUUCAGAGUUCAUGGGAGACACCUGACUAAAAGUUAACAGCAGCUCUGCACAGCCAGAUGCAUAUUUAAAGCAACAACAUCAAGUCCUCCUCCAUGUGUUAAUUACUUUUGUGGGGAAAUCAUGUGAUUCCUUGCAUAGAGAUUCUCACUAGUUUCACACAGUGGUCUUAUUUAGAGUUGCUUAUUUCUAUUUUAGCUGAUAUUCAGAUGUGAGAAUGCAGCUGCUGCCAGCACAACACCUCUGUGUUAAAUCCAACCAGAUCACAAUGUUCUGCUCUGGCAGACCAAGAUGAACGUGUCAGCACAUUAGAGAGCGAAAAUAGAAAGUGAGAUUAAGGGAGACACUUGGGUCUGCCUUAGUCUCCUUUAUAAUAACUGUGCUGAUUGUCAAGAUAAAGUGUUUAUGUUUUUAGAGCUCAUCUGUUGUUGUUUUUUUCUCUCUCAAUUCUGCACUUGGCCUUGCAAAACCCUAAAAUGCAAUCAUGUUUAUAUUGUGUGCACAUGGAAAUGACUUGUGUGUAGGAUAUAUUCGUUAAGUGCCCAAAUUAUCAUCUUGGGUGCACACAAGUUGGUACCUUGUAUCCUCAGGAUAACUAUCCCCUUGCACAAUAAGCAGAAUAUAAGAUUUUUUUCUUCCUCAAAAUACAUCCAUAAAAAGUGGCAAUGUUUUGUGUUUGGGGUUUUGUCUAAGGCUGAGAUUGUUGUUUAUGAAAUAAUAUUGCUGUGUUUGUCGUAUUAGCUCAAUUAUCAAAUGGUAUGGAACAGCAACUUACAGUAACAUCCGAUCGGUUAUUUAGACCAGUAGCCUCUAAGGAGACGAUCUGUGUGUUUCCCAGACAUCCAGGGGCUUUUCUAUCCCACAGAGAAGAUAAGUGCAUUUGAGAGAUUGUUUAGAUCCUGCCCCUUGAUCAGUAAGUAACCAGUGAUGAUUUAUGUGUAAAUUAUAGUGGCUCCGCUGACUAUGCUAGACAGAGGCUACCAUCUUUGUUUUGGUCUCUUGACCUGAUAGUGGCUGUAUCUAUGAUUAGCUGACCUGUAAAGGACCAGUUAGAAAAUAUGGUGGUCUGAAACAGAAGUCAAAGUUACAGGUAGACUAUUGUGAAUAAAUGUAUCUCAUUCAGUGUAUGAAUGCAGCAUAAAGGCACAGUAUACUGGAAAACAGAAAAAACAAACAAACAAACAAACAAAAAAACAAUCUAAAUACAAUGUACAGCAACUAUUUUUUUGUUUAUUUUCAUUUUAUUAAAUGGUCUCCAUAUUUAAAUGCAUGUGUUCAAUGGUUCUGUAACAAAGCCCACAUUUCAGCAAGAAUUAUCUCCACAAAAGCUGAGAACAUUUUGUCUGUCACAUCGUGGCUAAGAUAUUUUUGUUAUGAUGAUUCAAUUUGACUGUUUAAAAGCUCAAUGUUUGUCCCCUUUCAUGUCUAAGGGUUCCAACAUCUGACUUUGAAAACUUCCACUGGCAGACAGUAGCCCAGAUGUCAAUUGCGCCUUUCCUUGCACAUUUUUUUUUUUGGGUCAGAAGGACACCCACAGUCUUUUUGGCCAUGAGUUUGAUAUUAAGAAAAGAUGGUGGGAGAAGAGACAAUGAGAGCCCAGUUUACUUUGCCUAGCAUAAAGAUGAGAAUGAGAUUCUACUUGAAAUAGUCAGGCAUCAAGAGCAUGGACGGCUCACUGGGCCUAGUUCACUCUUUUUUUUUAAGACAAAGUUUGUUGAUGACUGACAUUCACAAAAGUCGUAUUAUUGACUAACACUCAGGAGCACACUUCUGCAUGUUUGAGUGCCUUCAUUCAGCAUCUUUAAACUGUUUAAAAACUUUAAGUGUAUUAACUUGGACUUGAGUGUCCCAGUUAGGAGCCUUUUAUCUUAACGUAUUCAUGGGCACAGAGUAACCUAGUUGCUGUGGGGAGGUUUCUAAAAUUGAGAUUUAGUAUUUACAUGUAAAAAAUCUGAUCAUGACUCAGACACUUAAGGUUAUGCAAUUGACCCACUGAUGAAUUUACGAUUUGUAUGUUGUCAACUUUUAUUUCAAACAUACAGUGUUUGAUAGACACACCAAAAUAUUACACUUUUAAACAAAACUUUAGCGCAAGGAGAUUUUUUUUUAAAUAUCAGAUCAGAAUCCGUUUCAUUAGCCAUGUGUUUUAGCCCAUAGGCAUGUGACAUUAAAUUUCAAACAUUUAUGGAAAACCUAACAACAGAGGACAUUACAAGCCACAGUUUAACAAUAGUAUGUUAAAAAGAAAACACCUAUUUACAGCUAUGAUAACUUUCUUUACACAUAGGUAUUUGAUGACUCGUCUGUCACAUACUCACUCCUUUUACAACACAAUCUGUAGAACAAUUAAACUAUCUAAUGGUUUUGUUAGAAUUAAGAACAGAAGUUGAGAUAUCUCCAGCAUCUCUCUUCUGUAUCACAUAAUUCCUUCCCUUAGAUUUUGAAUCAAACUAAUAAUAAUAAUAAUAAUAAUAAUAAUAAUAAUAAUAAUAAUGCAUCAGAUUUUAUAGCGCAUUAUCAGAGACCCUCAAAGCGCUUUACAUUGGAUACAUCGUUCAUUCUCACACAGUCACACCUUGAUGGUGGUGGUUAUUUCACUUUAUCUUGUGUGUGCCUUUUCUGAUUACAUUGUUACGUUUCUGAUGACUUUGAAUUAUAUCAUCAGUGUCAUAUUUGUGAGAAAUGAAAUUAUUUUUCUUUAACUUGAAAUCUAGUGCACAUUUGGUUUAUACUUUAAUUUAUACAUUUCCAACAUCCCUCUUCUGCUCUUUUCUUCGGUCCUGAGUAAGUUUUGUUUGUGCAUCGCACUGCAGUCUAAUGCCCAUUUUAAAAGUUUUUUUUUUUUUUUUUUUUUUUUGCUAAUAUGGAAAAAUGUCAAGAUGUCAGUAAGUGAAGCCAGCUGAUUUUUACAUACGAAAUACUGCAUAGUCAAUGGCUGGGUAUGCAUGUUAGAAUCCUAACAGGGUGAGCAGGACUGAAACAAAGCUUGAGACAGAAUGCCACAGUGUUGACAGGCAGAGGUGAAAUUGCCCAUUAUGAUGACUGAUUUGGUAUGAUGUAUUAGAGCAGUUUGUCCCUAAUGAUACUUUGCUGUAGAAUUAGUUAGUGCUGUUAAGUAAGGUAACCAUACUUUCUCUUUUACCUGGACAUGUCCUCUUUUUCGCGGGACUGCCUAUAAAAUCCUUCAAAUGUCCGUGUUUUUGUAUGGGAAUUUAGAGCUUGUGUAGCAUGGAGUAACUGAGUUAGAAGAGCGUAAAAAAAAAAAAUAACACUCGUCCUGACUCGAAAAACCCCUCAAAAUUUUGCAUGCAACUCCGCCCAACUUAGUAGUACCCCCUUUUUGGGGAUCCAGAAUAUGGUCAUCCUAUGUUAAGGGAUUUUAACAAAUCAGAAUCCAGUUUAAGACAGAAGAGUAAUGAAUAUUAUUUGUUCCAUUGUUGCAAGAAGCAAAUUAUAAGAACAAAUAACUUGAUAAAGCUUACAGUCAGGGCUGGUUCAGGCCUGGGCCAUGCAGGUCUCAGCAGAUGACUUUCUAACAUCAGUCCGGUUCUCCUCAGGGUUUCUGCCUAUUAACAGAAGUUUUUCCUCUCCACUGUAGCUUGCUUCAUGGUGCACAGUAACACUCACGGUAUAAGAUUGGAUGGGAGUGGGUCUGAUCUUACAAGAUGGGGCUCAAUCUAAUUCAAUCUUUACGCUGAGUCUUUUUAAAUAGAGUCUGGUCUAGACCAGCUUUAUUGUGAGGUGUCUAGAUCAAAUGUAUAUUUCAUUAACUAAGCUGAAUUGUAUUUAUUAUUGUACACUGAUCAGUGUGUAAUAUUGUUCUGCUUUAGCAAUAUUAUUCUGACUUUUAAUGCGAAUAAAACUAAUUUGAAUGGAAUUGAAUUGAAGUAUAAAUAUAACCAAGAUUUGGA